CGCCCUCGAGAACCUCGAGAAACCUGUGUGUCGGGCCGCCGCCGCUUCCAUGCCCAAGAACCCUCGCGUCCUCGCGCUCUUCGACGUGGACGGGACGCUCACGGAGCCGCGAAAGACCGUCUCUCCAGAGACGCUCAGCUUCCUCGCGACGCUGCGCGAAAAGAUCGCGAUCGGCGUGGUCGGUGGCUCGGACCUGGUGAAGCAAAAGGAGCAGCUCGGUGACUCGCCCUCGCUGUUCGACUGGUGCUUCGCCGAGAACGGGCUGCUCGCGCACAAGGACGGCGUCGUCAUUGGCCAGACUUCACUCGUGCAGCAUCUAGGGGAAGAGAACCUGAAGCGGCUAAUCAACUGGGUGCUCGCCUACUUUGCGCAGCUCGACAUCCCGGUCAAGCGAGGCACCUUUGUCGAGUUCCGCCAGGGCAUGCUCAACGUGUCGCCCAUCGGCCGCAACUGCUCGCGCGAGGAGCGAAACGAGUUUGAAAAGUUCGACCUGGCCAACAAGGUUCGCGAGACGAUGGUGGCGAGGAUGAAGGAGGAGUUUGCAGACCUGAAGCUCACCUUUUCGAUCGGCGGCCAGAUCUCGUUUGAUGUCUUUCCCGAGGGGUGGGACAAGACCUUCUGCCUGCAGUACCUCCCUCACGCCGACUUUGACGAGAUCCACUUCUUCGGCGACAAGACCUUUGUCGGCGGGAACGACUACGAGAUCUUCACCUCGCCGCGCACCGUCGGCCACUCCAUCGACGACGCCGACCCGAUGACGACGCUCAAAAAGCUCUCCACGCUCUUCGACCUGCCCUGCCCGCCCUCCCUCACUCCGCCCGCCGCACACUGACGCGAGGACGAGAGCCAGCGUCCUCCCUCACUUCACUGGUGUGUGUGCGGCCUCGGCGGCUCGGCGCGCAUCGCCGAGAUCGGCGAGAACCGCGGCGAGCCUGUCCCCCGGCUCCCGCGACGAGUCAAAAUAUUCUUCAUCGCCGUGGUUGGUAUCUGUGAACGAGACCGAGUCAUGUGUGGUAUUGGCUAUAGCGAGUAAUUUUGGACUAUAUUCAUAAUUCAAUAUUUGCUCUCUCAUGCGUGUGUCACAUGGGUCUCACAUGCCGAACAGCCGACAUCGUACGAGCCGCGCGUACACACCAGACGGCAGAUCACGCCGCGAUGGUGACGAGCUCCACGUAGAAGACCAGCGUGGCGUCGGGAGGGAUGACGCCGCCCGCGCCGCGCGAGCCGUACCCGAGAUUGGACGGGAUCUUGAGCAUCCGCUUCUCCCCCACCUUCAUGUCGAGCAGCGCCUCGUCCCAGCCCUUGAUGACACGGCCGACGCCCACCUCGAACGCGAGCGGCGACCCGCGGUCGUAGCUCGCGUCGAACUUGGCGCCGUUCUCCAGGUAGCCUGCGUAGUGGGCCUUGAUCUUCUGGCCGGUGGUCGGCUUGACGCCGUAGCCCUCCUCCACGAUCUUGUACUGCAGGCCGGUCGACGUGGUCUCGAAGCCCUUAAAGUCGUCGUCGGUGAAGGCCUCGUAGCGGCGAGCCCACUUGCCGUCGGAGGCUCGGCCCUUCUCGGCAUAAGCGGCGGGCGCAGCUGCAACCGCGGCGGCGAGAGGAGCGGCAAAGAGGACGCCGCGGCGAGCGAGCGGUGCCGCAGCAACGCGGAGGGCUGCCGACUGCCGGGCGAAUGCUGCGAAGGUGAGCAGUCGGGUGGAGAGGCGUAGCAUGGCGGGGAGCGCAAUGGUUGUGGGAGUGAGCCUUUUU